CGCCGCGGCCGUCAUUCCCGAGCUGGAUGGCGUGGGACAUGUGCAGCCCGGACGCCGCCUGGACUGACAUCGAGUGUGCCGCUCUGGUUGGCGAAGACCAGCCUCUUUGCCCGGAUCUUCCCGAACUCGACCUCUCCGAAUUAGACGUGAAUGACUUGGAUGCGGACAGCUUUCUGGGCGGACUCAAGUGGUACAGCGACCAAUCGGAGAUCAUUUGCAAUCAGUACCCUAAUGAAUCUUCCAACAUUUUUGAGAAGAUAGAUGAAGAGAAUGAAGCCAACUUGCUAGCUGUUCUCACGGAGACGCUGGACAACAUCCCCGUGGAUGAGGAUGGAUUGCCUUCCUUCGACGCCCUGACGGAUGGUGAUAUGACCAAUGAAAACGAUGCUACUUCUUCGCCAAUGCCUGACAGCGCCCCUCCGCCUCAGGAGGCGGAAGAACCAUCUCUACUUAAGAAGCUCUUGCUGGCUCCAGCUAACACUCAGCUAAAUUACGAUGAAUGCAGCGGCCUCAGCACACACAAUCAUGCCAGCACCAAUCACAGGAUCAGAGCAAGCCCUAUGGCGAUUAAGACCGAGAAUUCAUGGAGCAAUAAAGCGAAGAGCCUUUGUCAACCGCAAAAGCCGCAGAGGCGUCCUUGCUCGGAGCUUCUCAAGUAUCUGACUACAAACGAUGACCCUCCGCAGACCAAACCAACAGAGAACAAGAACAGCAACAGAGACAAAUGCACCUCUAAAAAGAAGGCCCUUUUGCAGUCUCAGACACAUCACUUGCAAGCCAAACAAAUGAGUUUAUCGCUUCCUUUGACGCCCGAGUCACCAAAUGAUCCCAAGGGUUCCCCAUUUGAGAACAAGACUAUUGAACAAACUUUAAGUGUGGAACUCUCUGGAACUGCAGGCCUAACUCCACCCACCACCCCUCCUCACAAAGCCAACCAAGACAACCCUUUUAGGACUUCGCCAAAGCCGAAGUCAUCAUGCAAGACUGUUGUGCCAUCUUCCAAAAAACCCCGCUGUAGUGAGUCUUCCAGCUCUCAAGGACCUAACUCGCUUCGGAAGGGCCCAGUGCAGUCGGAGCUGUAUGCACAGCUUAGCAAGACAACUGUUCUGUCUGUCGGCCAUGAGGAGAGGAAGACGAAACGGCCUGGUUUGCGGCUGUUUGGUGACCACGACUACUGUCAGUCUGUUAACUCCAAAACAGAAGUACGUCUCAACCUACCCCAGGAACUACAAGAUUCCGGACAAGUAGAAAUAAAAGGCUGCUCGCCCGGGUGGCAGUGUCAUCUUUGUUCUCCUUUCACCCCACUCAGCCAGUACGGCAAGAGAGAGACUUCACAGGUGAGCCCGCAGGAUUCACAACACAACCACCGGAAACAGCUCCAAGACCAGGAAAUCCGGGCUGAACUCAACAAGCACUUUGGUCACCCGAGCCAAGCUGUUUUUGAGGAAGAGACCCCUAAGAGCGGUGAACCGAGGGACAGCCAUUAUAGCAACGAACAAUUUUCCAGACUACCUAUGUUUAUAAAUUCAGGGCUGGUAAUGGAUGGUCUUUGGGACGACAGCGAAGACGAAUGUGACAAACUGUGCUGCUCGUGGGAUGGAACGCAAACCUACUCCUUGUUUGAUCUGUCGCCUUCUUGCUCUUCCCUUAACUCUCCAGGCAGAGAUUUGGUAUCUCCACCCAAAUCCUUACUUUCUCAACGAUACAAAAGGAUACGGUCUCGAUCAAGGACCUUUCCUCAGCACAGGUCUUGUUCCCGUUCUCCAUAUUCCCGGUCGAGAUCGAGGUCGCCGUGCAGUAGAUCCUCUUCCAGAUCUUCCUUUUAUCAAGAGUCUGGUCACUGUAGACCCUGGGCAUAUAGAUGUUCUCCCUUGUAUUCAAGAUCACGCUCCAGAUCACCAUAUAGCCGUAGACCCAGAUAUGACAGCUACGAGGAAUAUCAGCAUGAAAGGCUGAAGAGGGAAGAAUACCGCAAAGAGUAUGAAAAACGGGAAUCCGAAAGGGCCAAACAAAGGGAGAGGCAGAGGCAGAAAGCGAUUGAAGAGCGGCGCGUAAUUUACGUUGGGAAAAUUGGACCUGACAUCACCCGAGCAGAACUGAGGGACCGCUUUGAAGUUUUUGGCGAAAUUGAGGAGUGCACAGUAAAUCUACAGGAUGACGGGGAUAGCUACGGUUUCAUCACUUACCGCUACACCUGCGAUGCUUUUGCUGCUCUGGAAAAUGGCUUCACCUUGCGCAGGUCCAGCGAGCCCGACUUAGAGUUGUAUUUUUGCAGACACAAGCAAUUUUGCAAGUCUAACUAUGCAGACCUAGAUUCAAACUCUGAUGAUUUUGAUCCUGCUUCUACCAAGAGCAAGUACGAUUCUAUGGAUUUUGACAGCCUGCUUAGAGAGGCGCAGUGGAGCCUGCGAAGGUAACGUGCGUUACGGCCAAGGAUAGCGGAGGGGUGGCGAAUACCUCAUGGACAUCACGUCCUUCCAUAAACGGACAAAGAAGAAAGUCGCGCUAACAGAUCUCACCUACUCUACACUCUCUGUAUUGAAAACAUGGUUUACACGGACACAGCUGCUUAAGGAAUGAAGAAACAAAAUGUAGUCUCAUUUGUGCACGGGUGUCCCCCCAGGUCUCAGGGCGAAGAGGAUGAGGGUUUUGAUCUUCGUAGAGAGUGCCAAGUGGAAACCACUUGAAAUGGCAGCAGUUCCAUAGAGAUACUUUAAAAAAAAAAAAAAAACAACCCAGAAAAACGAGAACUUUGAAAUAUGUACAGACGACGUUUUCCAAACAAAGCAAAUUCAAAACUUCCGCUGCUGAUAUCCAAGAGAGAGAUGUGUUUUUUAGUUCUUUAUUUUUCAACGAGCUUCCCGCGACAUGUUUUAAUACGAUGACAAUCCUGAAGAAAUACUACAGUUCCUGAAAAAAAAAAAAUACGCCGCCUCUUUCCAUUGGUGUUUUCCUGCGAGGACGUGUAUGUGUGUGUGCGUGUGUAUCACACACACACACACGCGCACACACAUGUGGAAGGAUGAAAAACUUCUGUGGCAUUUUAAAAGUUCUGCCUUUUUAAAAUUGUGACAUCCAUGUCAGGGUCCGCAAUGUUCAUCUCAUAUGGGGAAAUUUUCAGACAUCCCCCCCCCCCCCAAAAAAAAAAUAACUCUCAACCUUGUCCACUGGGUAAGCUGCCGUGAUCCACCGCAAGUGCGUCAAGGGGGGGGGGAUCUCUUAGGUUCUUGGGCUGGGGUUGGGGUGUACAGUUAGAUUAUUCACUACAUUCGUGUAGCUGAGUAUUUACAGAUGCUAAAUGGAGUAUUUUUAUUUUCUGUACAUAACCGUGUUGACGAGACGACGCUCUACUUUUGGUUACAGCUAUGCACUGUAAAUGCAGCCUUCUUUUAAAAAAAAAAACGCUGAAACUUUUCUUAAUCAAGAAUAUUCAGAUGUAAUUAUACAAAGCGAAACGAUAUUGUACACUAACCUAUUUAGAAAGCUGAACUUAUGCUUAUAUAAUAUAUAUAUAUAU